AUGAAGACGCUGAACGUAGAAACGUUGUUUGUCACAGUGGUUGGAGCUGGCUGGGGGCAAUGCUUGCACGGCAGCAUCGUCAAUGACAGUGGGAUCAACAGGUUUGUGGCUUCUGCGGAUCCAGUAGAAGUGGCUGCAGCCGUUUUGUACGGCCAGUGCUCGUCGGGUGUGGCAUACCAAGUCGCUGUGGCCGCUCGCCACUGCUGCACAUCUUGGCCCCAAAGGCUCUGCGAGCCUGAUGCCCCGGUGGUAUCGCCCUGCGAGGAUCCCACCCAGUUUCUGCCGAGCAAGCAUUGGACGGACGGACUCGAGGAAGGCUCGUGCGAACAAGCUAGCAUUACUUGGACUGAUGCGUACCUGGCCUUGGAGAAUGCUACCAAGACAGGCAGCUGCGACGGCAUUAGCCUGAACGGACAGUCCCUGGAGGACUGGGUGGCGAAGCGCGCGUCUUGCUGUGCCAGCGACCCCGCGACAAUCUGUACGCCGGCCCCCGUGACGCCUUGUACCACCCUUGACGAUUUCAUGGCGGACAAGAUCUACUCUGCCCACUGCCACUUCCUUCACUCGCCGGGUCCGAACGACUGCGGCGCUCAUGGCUGUUACUACCACGAGGAAUAUGCGCACUGCGAAUGCUCACAGAAUGCGAGCUGCGUGGCUUUAGGCGGCACCUGGCAUUCCCAGACCUGUGGCAAGGAGGUCUCGGAGUGGGAUCACAGGAGGCGCAGCGCUCUGGAGGAGGCGCAAACGGCUGGCAACUGCGCAGACUUGACCUACACCGGUGACCUCAAGGCCGAAAUAGAGGGCUUCUCGAAGAUGUGCUGCAAAUCCUUCCCGGCCACAGUUUGCGAGCCCAGAGCCCAGAGGAUGACGUACUGCAAGGACGAGGCAGACUUCCUGCCGAAGAACUUCAUGGAAGGCAGCAAGACCUGCCAAGAGGAGCUGUCGGAGAUGAGCUCGGAGUGGCACCUGGCGCUGAAGAAGGCGUCGGAGCAAAGCAGCUGCACCACUGACUUCUUCCACGGCCAGGCCCUGGAUCAGAUGAUCUCGGCUCCCAGCAAGAAGUGCUGCGCCUCCUCCCCGGCGAAUGCCUGCCACAAAGACCUUCAACAGAUGACGCCUUGCAAGGACGACGCGGACUUCCUGCCCAACAACUCCAUGGGCUGGACCGCAUGCAAGUUCUCCCAUGAUGUGGUGGCGAGCUGCGAGGCACUGCACGGCUUUUACUGGGCCGAAACCGGCCUCUGCUACAUCGGGCAGGACCAGACUCAGAAGGCAAACUGUGUAGCCAACGGAGGCAGCUUGUACGAGCACACCUGCGGUGACGAGAUCGCUUCCUGGGAGCCGCAGUACCACUUCCUCGUUCACCUUGCGAAAGAGACCGAUUGCGACAAUGUGCAGGUGCACGGGCAGGGGAUGAAGGAUGCGUUGAACUACCCGGCAAAGAUGUGCUGCGCCUCCUUUCCGGGCUCCCUUUGCAGUCCCUUGGCCAAGAAGAUGACGCCCUGCAAAGACGAUGCCGACUUCCAGCCCGACCGGCCCUUCGCCGAAUGGUGCGAGUUCCAUGGCCACCCGCCACAAACCGAUGCUUGCCAUGCGCAUGGUUGCAGCACACAUGGUGACGGCUGCGACUGCCAUGCGAAGGCAAACUGUGAGGCGGCGGGAGGCACCUGGAAGGUCGAGACCUGUGGCAUGGAAAUCCAGAACUGGGAGCCUGCUUUCCACAUAGCCCUACAAGAGGCAGACUCUCUGGGAUCCUGUGCCGCACACUCCUACGGGGACCUGCCCUCCUUGGUCCAGCACCCUGCCGAGAAGUGCUGUGCCUCCUACCCUGCCACACUCUGCGACAAUUCCGCCCGGAAGAUGACGCCUUGCGCAGACGAGGACGAUUUCGAUUCGGACAAGGUGGCUGUGCUGCGCUACUAUGCUGUUCGAUCAUGGUUCGUGGUGAUGUGGAGCUGGUGCCACAUAGAAGGGCCCGUCAACGCCACGCUCUGCAACGCCCAGGCGGACUGCUACGGUGGCGAUGGCUGGUGCCAUUGCGAAGCUCAGGCCUCGUGUGAGGCCAUGGGUGGCACCUGGAACGCACAGACCUGCGCGAAGGAGGUGGAGCAAUGGAGGCCGGAGCAGCACCGACUGCUUCAGAGCAUUGAGGACGAAGGCAGGACCUGCGAGGGCAAGGAGGUCGACGGCAUGCGGGCGCAGGACGUGCAGCGAACGGACUUCACGAAUUGGCCUGCACAGCUGUGCUGCACGUCCUGGCCGAAGAGCAUCUGCGAAAGGGACGUCGUUGCCAUGACGCCGUGUCUUCGCCGCGAGGAUUUCCAGCCUGAUGGGGUGACGUCAGCCUGGUGCCACGCGCUCUUUCCGGUCCCGGCGAAGGCCGACUGCGAGGCGCAGGGCUGCACGACCAACGAGAACGGCGAUUGGUGCCACUGUGAGACCGAAGCCGGCUGCGUGGCCCUAGGCUUGGCAGGAAGAUGGGGUGGUGAAUGGAAGACCGAGCACUGCCAAGACCACCUCAAGUGGGAGCCAUCGAGCUGGCACAAGGCCGUCGCAAAGGCCAUCGACCAGGACACUUGCCUCUCGUUGCAAAAAGCUACCGGCUGUGUCCUUCGUAGCUGCAACAUGAUGCAGUGGUCCACUGAUUCCGACCCGACAAGUUGGGGCUCCAAGCUUCAGGAGUUUCUUGCGGGGCAAGGUGAUGACAUAAUGGCCACCUCCCAUGAGAAGCUCGAGGACAAAGUGGAGUGGCUAGGCAUCCCUUGCAUUCAUGGCGAUUUCCAGGCAGACAAGGUUAUUGAGACACGCUGCCAGCUGGACUCGAUCGAUGGUCGCUUGGAUCGCCACAGCACUCUGGGAGACGUCAACUAUUGGCGAUGGAAACUCUGCCCCUCGCGCUCCUUCCCGCAGGAGGCCCUGGCAGAGGGAGGAUGCUCGGACUUGGAGUACGACGGGAAUCUGAAGGAGGAGAUGGAGACCGAGUGGGCUGCGAAAUUGUGCUGCUCCGAAUUCCCGCGGUGUGGCGGGGUGUGGAACCGGGUUGUAGGAGGGUUUGCGGACUACUGCAAGGACUGGCAGCUCAGCACCUGGUUAGCCGACCUGCAAAUUCGACGAAAUGAAGAGGACGAGGCAGACUUCCUUCCGGACAACGUUCAUGAGGCGUAUUGCUCGGCAGACCAGUUCAAGGAUGAGCACAGCUGCGUGGCAGCCGGAUUCCAGUGGCACACCAAGACCUGCCAAGAGGAGCUGUCGGAGAUGAGCUCGGAAUGGCACCUGGCGCUGAAGAAGGCGUCGGAGCAGAGCAGCUGCAGCACUGACUUCUUCCACGGCCAGGCCCUGGAUCAGAUGAUUUCCGCUUCCAGCAAGAAGUGCUGCGCCUCCUCCCCGGGGAAUGCCUGCCACAAAGACCUUCAACAGAUGACGCCUUGCAAGGAUCACGCGGACUUCCUGCCCAACAACUCCAUGGGCUGGACCGCAUGCAAGUUCUCCCAUGAUGUGGUGGCGAGCUGCGAGGCACUGCACGGCUUUUACUGGGCCGAAACCGGCCUCUGCUACAUCGGGCAGGACCAGACUCAGAAGGCAAACUGUGUAGCCAACGGAGGCAGCUUGUACGAGCACACCUGCGGUGACGAGAUCGCUUCCUGGGAGCCGCAGUACCACUUCCUCGUUCACCUUGCGAAAGAGACCGAUUGCGACAAUGUGCAGGUGCACGGGCAGGGGAUGAAGGAUGCGUUGAACUACCCGGCAAAGAUGUGCUGCGCCUCCUUUCCGGGCUCCCUUUGCAGUCCCUUGGCCAAGAAGAUGACGCCCUGCAAAGACGAUGCCGACUUCCAGCCCGACCGGCCCUUCGCCGAAUGGUGCGAGUUCCAUGGCCAUACGCCACAAACCGAUGCUUGCCAUGCGCAUGGUUGCAGCACGCAUGGUGGCGGCUGCGACUGCCAUGCGAAGGCAAACUGUGAGGCAGCGGGAGGCACCUGGAAGGUCGAGACCUGUGGCAUGGAAAUCCAGAACUGGGAGCCUGCUUUCCACAUGGCCCUGCAAGAGGCAGACUCUCUGGGAUCCUGUACCGCACACUCCUACGUGGACCUGCCCUCCUUGAUCCAGCACCCUGCCGAGAAGUGCUGUGCCUCCUACCCUGCCACACUCUGCGACAAGACCGCCCGGAAGAUGAUGCCCUGUGCACAUCCAUGGCAUUUCCAGGCAGACAAGGUGAUGUGGAGCUGGUGCCACAUAGAAGGGCCCGUCAACGCCACGCUCUGCAACGCCCAGGCGGACUGCUACGGUGACCAUGACUGGUGCCACUGCGAAGCUCAGGCCUCGUGUGAGGCCAUGGGUGGCACCUGGAACGCACAGACCUGCGCGAAGGAGGUGGAGCAAUGGAGGCCGGAGCAGCACCGUCUGCUUCAGAACAUUGAGGACGAAGGCAGUAGCUGCGAGGGCAAGGAGGUCGACGGCAUGCGGGCGCAGGAUUUCACGACUUGGCCAGCAAGGAUGUGCUGCACGUCCUGGCCACAGAGCAUCUGCGAAAGGGACGUCGUUGCCAUGACGCCGUGUCUCCGCCGGGAGGAUUUCCAUGCUGAUGCAGUUUCGUCAGCCUGGUGCCAUGCGCUCUUUCCGGUCCCGGCCAAGGCCGACUGUGAGGCGCAGGGCUGUACGAGCAACGAGAACGGCGAUUGGUGCCACUGCGAGGCCGAAGCGGGCUGCGUAGCCCUAGGUGGCCAGUGGAUGACCGCGAGUUGUCAAGAAGAGCUCAAGUGGCAGGAAGUGAGUUGGCACAAGGCCGUCUCACAAGCCAUCGACAAGGGAACCUGUGAUGAUGUGAUGGCCAACGAGCAUCAUCAAAGGCUGGAGGACACGCUGUCGCUAGCUCCGAAGUGUUGUGAACACGGCCUCUCCGUCUGCAGUGUGCUCACGCUGAAAGCAGGUGUGCCUUGCGCCAGCGAGGCAGACUUCACUGCUGACAAGGCAGCCCAGCAGGGUAUGGGAACCAACAGCGUAGAUCACAGACGAAUUCCCAAAGUAAUGGACCAGAUGAGGGAUCCUCGAAUGAGGGAGGCCGCCAAGGAAGGGAGUUGCGCGGAUCUCGAGUAUGGCUCCUACGAAAGUCUGAAGAUGAGCACCGACUGGGCUGCACGCCAAUGCUGCAGUUCAUGGCCCAAGAGUUUCUGUGAGCCGACUGCCAAGUUCGCAUCAAUCUGCAAGGACGAUGCCGAUUACAGGCCGGACAACGAAAUCAGCGGCCACUGCGAAGGGGACAACACACCCUACAAGGAUGAGCGCGGCUGCGUCGCGGCUGGCUACAAGUGGCGCUCCAGGACCUGUCACGAAGAGCUGUCGAGCCAAAGCGUAGAAUGGCAUAAGGCUGUGGUCGAGGCAACAGAGAGUGGCACCUGCAGCAGUCAUAUCUUCUUGGGUACUCCUAUAGAGGAUCUGAUCGCGGAGCCCUCCAGGAAAUGCUGUGCCUCGGCGCCAGCGAAUGCUUGCUACAAGGACUUGCAGAAGCAGACGCCAUGCCAGGACGCUGGCGAUUUCCUUGGUGAUAAGGUGACCGCUGGAUUCUGCGAUUUCCCUGACUACCACUUUGACAGCUCGGGAGCUGCGGAACGUGGUUGCAAGGCCGUGGAUAGUGGCUGCGAUCAGGACAGCGGCAGGUGCGUUUGCAUCCCGACGCCGGAGGCCAAAGCAGGCUGCGAGUUAGCUGGCGCCAUUUGGCGGGAGUCCACCUGUGCCUCCGAGAACGAUGCCAACGAUUUCAGGUGGCACAUCCUUGUCCAACAUGCUCGCCAGGCUGGCUGUGAUUUCGAGCUUCACAUGGAGCCUUUCUCGGAGCACAUGUCCCACGCCUCCCAACGCUGUUGUGCUUCCUACCCGGCCUCCGUCUGUAAUCCUGUGGUGAAGCCCAUGACGCCUUGCAAAGAUGAAGCAGACUUCCUACCAGCCAAGUCUGUCUUCGGGCACUGCGAGCUCAGCUCGCAGGUGGAGGCUGGAAUUUGCGAAGCAAACCUGGGGUGCGCCCUCCAGGGCAACAACUGCGUCUGCUCCUUCCGGGAGAGCUGUGUGGCAGUCGGAGGCACCUGGAAGGUCACAACCUGCGAGAUGCAAAUGCAAAGCUUCGAACCCGAAAUGCACAAGGCCUUGCAGGAGGCUAACGCGACCGGCGUCUGCACAGGGUGGACGAUGGACGGGCCUUUGCAAGAUCUCGUCACCCACCUUGGCGAGAAGUGCUGUGCAUCCUUCCCAGCCACGGUCUGCGACAAGACGGCCAAGAAGUCUAAGAGCGACUUGCUAAAGCCGGGAACCUCUGUGGGACUGGCCGCCGUUAAUGCCAACAGGUUCCUACGGGUGAAGCCCGUUUACGGUGACGAGGAGGUUGGUAUUGGUUGGUGGAUCCACUGGAAUGACUUUGUCUUUCCGAGGAACUGGGUCCACGAAGUCUUCACGGUGGUGGACGCUGGGAAUGGGAACAUCGCGUUCCACCAGGCCAACGUCAACCGAUUCUUGAGGCUGGAAGCGGACAAGAUUAUCACCAGCAGCCCCAUGGCCGCCUACGAGCUACCCUCAGACUCGCCGGGCGAAGUCUUCCAGGUUGUUCACACCGGGGACGGGGAACUGAUUGCCUUCUACAAUCCCCACUUCCAUCGCUUCAUCGAUAUGAAGGGCGGCAAUGUGCUAAGUGUCAGCGAUGUCCAGACCGUCGAGGACCUGCCGUGUUGGGUUACCUUGUUCCGUUCCUCCUCACUCCGGGCAAAGUCUAUGCCUUCCACUGCAAGAGGCUGA